GCCAAAGCACAAUCCCUCCACACUCUCAGCGCCCGCAUCCUUCGCUGGACGUUCCUCGACCGACAGUGUGCAGUUGCAGCUCUUUUGCUCAGUAUCCCCUCACUCCUGCGAUCAUGGAUUAUUCGGCUGCUGAAGACGAACACCACGGAGCUUCGCCCUGGGCAAGCUCUCCGCAGCAUAGCCGCUUUCCGUCAGACAGUCAUGCUGAGAUCCCGCCUUCGCCACUACCAGCCAACUCGCAAUAUGAUGACACUCAGGAUUCGAGACCAACGACCGCAGAGUCGGAUGCAAGAGAGGCCAGCUCCGAGCCUGCCGUGGCGAAAAAUGGUGACAGCAGGCAACAUCAUGACGUGCAAGGAAGCACUCCAACAACGCAGCCGCGGACACAACAAGCGCAGAGAUACAAGAGCCAACGGCGAGAAGAGAGACCAAAGCCGCAGUAUAAGCUCUCUAUAAAGGUUACUGGUUUGGAGCGCAAUGGCCGCAAGGAUCCCAUCCUGCGAUUCGAUGUCUACACUAAUCUUCCGAAAUUUCGCACUACCCAAUUUCGCGAUGUGCGCCGCACCCACGGGGAGUUCAUCAAGCUGCAGGAACAUCUGAUAUCGGCGAAUCCGGAUGCGCUCGUUCCCGCCGUUCCCCCCGCCGUCACAGCAGCAGGCGCCGGCACUGAAGAGGACGAGAACAGAGUGAAGGCGAACAUGCAGCGAUGGUUAAACAUCGUAUGCAGCAACGAGGUACUGAUGAGGGAUGAGGAGAUGAUUUUCUUCGUCGAAAGCGACUUUGGUUAUAGUCCGGUCGUACGAUUGAAGCAACCUGCUACUGGUGUUCGCAGGAAAAUGCUUAAACAGUUCGCGCCACCUCCGGAUGACACAGUUGAGCUGGCAGAAGCAAGGCCCGUGGUCAAAAUGUUCUACCUCGAAAGCAUGGGCGCUGGGCAGAAGGUGGAGAAGGUGGUCAAGCGACGACGAUCACUUGGCCUUGCGGAAUCUACUCUCGGUUUGACUCUUUCUCAAAUGUCUCCUCAAGAGACACAUCCUGGCCUAUCAACUGCAUAUCGCAAAUUCGGCGCCACCAUCCGCGCCGUAGGUGAUUUCCACCUAGCGCAAGGCACAUUCGAAGCGUCCUCGCUUGCCGAUCCACUGGCCUACUACUCCUCGGAUGCUUUCAUCGUCAAGGAAACGCUAACAAACCGACAACUUCUUAUGCGAGAUCUCGAAACGGCGCAGAGCACCACACGCAAGCGCUUGCGUGAGGCAGACCGCAUCCGUGCAUCGAGCACCGUUAAGCGUGACAAAGUUGAUGAGGCAAUCGCAAGUCUGGAAGAAGCGAAGAGAAUUGAGGAAGAGCUUGCCAAGAAAGUCGCAACUGUUACGCGAAACAUGGUCGGUGAGACGAGGCGUUGGUUUGAGCGCACAGCCACCGACUUGAGAGCCAAUGUGCGGGAGUAUGUGAUUCGACAGAUUGAGGCGGAGCGACGCACGUUGGCAACGCUUGAGGCAGUGCGGCCGGAUAUCCGUGCUAUAGACGGGUCUGGUGGCUUGUCCCGGCUGGGAAGAGAGGCACAUCCUAAGGUCCGAAGGAGCAGUUUAGCGAGUAGUCAGGGCCCGAAAGGGGAUGCUUGGAGUGGAAUCAAUAGGAGACAAGAUGGUGUGCGAAGGAGCGAGACUGGAGUAGUCGCUGGCUUGCCGGUCCCAGAGGAGGUGGAAGAAGAAGAGAUCCUGCACAAGAGGACGAGGGCAAACAGCAACAGUAUACACAAACUGGUCGAGGAUGACGACGAGGAUCGGGUGGACGCACGAAAUGCGGCUAGCCGUCUGGCUCAGACCACAUUUUAGCACACUUAGAUCUCGUGUUAUCUGGUGAAAGGGACAGGUCGUCACGGAGCUUAAUGGGCUUUGUAUAUAAAUCUUGCGGUGAGGGUGAAUCCUACUACACUUCAUUUCGCGACAGACUUCCUGCCAUCGAACGAGGUCUCCUUGCUUACAAGAAGACAUGUCCCCGAUCAGGGACAUGAAUAAGUGCUGCCAAUUGCUCUAAACAAGAAGUUGUGUCUGAUACCAAGCAGGAACAACAUCACCUGCGGCGACUGGCACGACAGGUCCCGGCCCAAAUUCACUAGACCUAUUACUCUACAAUCUUGUAUGAAUAGGAUUGAGACGAGAAACAUAGCAAAAUCGCCUUGACAAUCUUCUACCACGCUAUAUCCUGAAGGCAUAUGGCAGCAAAUUCAUCACACAAUGCUGCUCAAUCCCCCCACUUUUCGAGCUCGCCAUUGGUGCGUUGUUCAUAGACAUUGGGCUCUUCCUGGGCCAACACGGGGUUCAAUUCCAGUCGGUUGCGGGGGAUGUCCACUUGCCAAUACAGUUCGGACUUUGUAUCUAAGGUGCCAGUAUCGUUGGUAACUAGUUCAUCAACAAUAUUGACUAGGUCUGUCUGGUGCAGAGUCACGCUAUUAAGCUCAAGAUUUGCGUCCAAGUCUCUCUUUCGUGAUAUUUUUGGCGAAAGAGCUCACGAAUGGUGUCUGAGGGCUUGGUGAAUGUCUCUUUCACCACAACCGCCAAGUACCUUUAGGAACGCUUGCGUUUAUCUCGCUUAUCUUCAAGGGAUGGAGAGUCGUUACCUGCUCUCAAAAGUAGACGCUCUCUUGAUAGCGUCGGUUAGCCUCAUCGCUAUUGUGUCUAGGAAUGCCCAACCUGGCGCGGUUUUACCACGAAAUUUGAAGCUGCACAACUGAUUUAAGAUUUCGAAUUUGUCCUCAAGCCAAAGUACGUUCGCAUACUGCGACGUGAGCUGGAAGUCGAGAGUUACAUCGUAGACUUUAGCAGGGUUUGCGAAGUCUUAAUACGAUCGGCCCAAAGCUUGAGCAGCAACAAGAAGUUCUCUCCAGAUGGGCCCGUUCGGAUACUUGCUUAAAGCGGAGAUGGUAUUCAUAAGCCAAGAUUUCUGAUACCUAUCUUAGGUGGGCACUUUGCAACGAUUCUGUAUUAUGGUUUUCGAACAAAGCCAAGCAUAGUCCUUGCCAGAUGUCAAAGAGAUGUAAGAGAUGAGGACAGAAGCCUUGAUAUAACGAGCAAUGUGGACGUCUUAGACGUGUCAUUCUGAUAUUCCCACGGGAAACAAUGUAUUCAUAGACAGAACGAGCCUUGUUUGGGAUGGAAACACUAGGAAACGUACCAGCUGUCGACCAAUAGCUCACUGGAUCGCCUGCUUCGUUUUUCUGUAUUGUCGUGAGGCCAAGAAGGAAUAGUGCAAACUGAUCUCGAGAAAACGUACUGAUGUCCAACGUUAGAUUGACAUUCAAACAAAUGCUCGACAAAACACUGGUUGGGCUAGUGCUGCAUAGUG